AUGGCUCACGUCAAGACCGGCCCCAUCCCGGCCUUUGAGCCCGCUUCCCUUGACGGCAUCACUGCCCACGUCGAGCGUCUGCGCAAGACCUUCCGCACCAACAAGACCAAGGACAUGAACUUUCGUUUGCAGCAGAUCCGCAGGCUCUACUGGGCCGUCUCUGACUAUGAGCAACUCAUCGAGGAGGCUGUCAUGAAGGACAUGGGAAAAUGCAAGUUUGAGGCUCACGUCACCGAGAUUGACUGGGUCAAGAACGAGGCCAUCAAUGUCGCCAACAAGCUCGAGACCUGGGCCAAGGAUGAAUACGUCGUCGACCUGCCCAUGACUUACUGGCCAAUGCGCCCGCGCAUAAGAAACGAGCCUUUGGGCCAGGUGCUCGUCAUUGGUGCUUACAACUUCCCCUUUCAGUUGAAUCUCACUCCCGUCAUUGGCGCCAUUGCCGCCGGUAACUGUGUCAUGCUCAAGCCCUCUGAGCUGUCGCCUCACUCUGCCAUGAUUCUCAAGAAGAUAUUUGACGAGUACCUCGACCCGGAUUGCUAUGUAUGUGUCAACGGUGCCUUGGAGGAGACUAAGCAUGUCAUGGAGCAUAAGUUUGACAAGAUUGUCUUUACCGGUGGCAAGAAGACUGGUGCCAUCAUCGCAACCAAGGCUGCCCAGUCUCUCACACCCGUUCUUCUCGAACUUGGUGGCCAAAACCCAGCCUUCGUUACCAAGAAUGGUGAUGUCAAGCUCGCCGCCAGGCGUCUUCUGUGGCAAAAGUGCCUCAACGCUGGCCAGGUGUGCCUGUCGCACAAUUAUGUUCUUAUUGAGCGUCCCGUCUUGAAUGAGUUCAUCGCCGAAGUAAACAAGCAGUACCGCACAUUCAUGCCCAAGGGCGCCAAGGACAGUGAUUUGUCGCGUAUUGUCAACAAAGGCCAUUUCGAUCGUCUGAUGAGGAUGCUGAACAACUCCAAGGGCAAGAUUGUCAUGGGAGGCGGGUCUGAUGAAGAGAAGUUGUGGAUCGAGCCGACGGCCGUCCUCGUCGACGAUGUUGAGGACACUAUGAUGGCCGAGGAGAGUUUCGGUCCCAUUUGGUCUAUCAUGCCGUUUGAUAAUCUCGACGAGGCCAUUGACAUUGCCAACAAGGUUGACCCGACGCCGUUGGCUCUUUUCACAUUUGGUUCUGAUGAAGAAAAUAAUAAAGUCCUGAACAACGUCACGUCAGGGGGUGCCACCGUCAACGAUGCCUUUUUCCACGCCAUGAUCAACGCCACCCCCCUCGGCGGCAUUGGCUCCUCCGGCCAAGGUAGUUACCACGGUUACUACUCCUUCAAAGCCUUUAGCCACCAGCGCGUCAUCACCCAAGUCCCCAAAUGGGCAGAAAAGGUCCUUCGCGUACGCUAUAUGCCGUACUCAUGGGACGAAUUAAGCCGUUACCGCAUGAUGAAUGGACAAAAACCCAACUUUGACCGUGAGGGCAACGUCACCCAAGGUCUCAAGUACUGGCUCGGUUUCCUGUUCGGCCUCGGUGGGAAGAGCACAUCCAGUGCAGCACUAAGGUGGGGGAUCAUCUUUGCCCUGAUUGCCAUGUUCCUUCGGCUGAAGAGAAAUUCGCUAGGCCUGUAA